ACCACCACUACAACAAAAACAACAACAGGCACAUCAAAGUUCACCGGUGACUGAACUCGGUGAAGAUCAGGAGAUACCAGAGCAACAAACACACUCCAAACCCGAGGAAGUCAAACUACCCUCGACAGUUGAGGAGUUUCAUCAGGAGUUCUUGAAGACCACAGCUGAAUUAAGUGGUGUGAUGAACAAAUUCAACAACCUCUUGUCGUUGUCAAAGAAGUUCUUUGACACGACUGUUGAUGUAAAAGAAACAAUGUCAUUUAAUAUGGCAGAGAUGUGGUCCAAGUGUUCAGAAACACAACUUCCAACCGUGUUUGAUAACGCCAAGAAUGCAUCGAAUGAGGAGAGAAAAGAUUCACAGGAGAUGGGUUCCAUUCUGAGUCAAGACAAAGAGUUUUUCAGCUCGGACUACUUCUCCAUUUUAUUUGAUGAUGCAGUCAAGAAAGCGACUAGAGGGAAGAAAAAAGAAACUGUUAUGGAAAAAGAAACAGAGGAACCUAUGUCAGAGGAGCCUCUAUCAGAGGAAAGUCUACCAGAAUUACCUCCAUUUCUCACACCUCCCACUAUGGACUCUGAAAAUGAUGGGGUUAAUGAUUUGACUUUGAAGCUUGGACUACCGUCCAUUUCAGAAAUUACCCCUACACAUGACUAUGAAGAGGAGAUGAGGAUCCAAGCACUCUUGAUGAACAACUCUUUAACAGAACGUGACCUUCAAACGAUUUCAGGGGAGAAGGAAGAUUAUUCAGAAAAAGAACAGCAGUCUCCACCGAAAAUCGAAGUACCUGAGAGUUUGAAGAACAAUGAUGAUGCUUUGAACAAAAGCAGCGAAAAAGGAACACCAAUCCCUAAUCGAGAAGAACAAGAUUUUGAGACCCCAAAAGUUCCUGUAGCGGAUUCCCAGGGUGAUGUGAUUACUCCAUCAGUCUAUCUGAGAGAUGAAGAGGAUGUUCCAACAAAAACACAAAAAGAUGAAGAGGAUGUUCCAACUACAAGUCAAAUCCCUGCCACAAUGAGGAUGAAGAGAAUCAAGAAUGUCCCUAUAGUGUUACGGUCACCGUUUUUAAUUCAGUAUUCAGAUUUACUUGAGGCUAGUGACAAACUAAGCCAAGAGGAAAAGGAUUUGAAAUGCAUUCUUGAUUAUGCAAUUGGAGAGGGUGAUCCUAGUGAGUUGGUGUACUAUGACAAAUGGAACCUAAUUACAAGAGAAAAUAUGCAAACCCUAGGUGGGGAUGUUUGGGUGGAAAAUAAUAUCAUUGACACAUUCGCAAAACUGUUGAAUGAUGAUCGAAACCAGUGCGUAAAGACGAACAUGAAAUUCUACUUUUCGACAAUUCCUUAUAAUAUGCUGUUACAAAACGACGCAUAUGGUGGGACACAGGAUAGCCAAGGAACUGAGCAGAAGAGGUUUCAGAAUUUUAUGGAUUCCAUUAAGCAUGAAAUGUCAGUUGCAAAUGUUUCAUCUCUAAAGGGAUACCAUCUGUUGUUCUUUCCUGUUUGUUCUGGUGCACAUUUCUUCCUUAUUGUGAUAAACAAUAAAACAAAGAAAGUUGAAAUUCUUGACAAUCUCGAUCUACCGGAGGGAAUACCUUUUGAGAACAAAUAUGAACAGAAUCCCCAAAAGACUUUUGAAGCAUGGUUGAAGUUUUGUGAGCUGGAAGGGUAUCCAUUAAAAAACACACAAAUCAAGCAAUAUGAAAUCACAUUACCUUCAAUGACAUGGAAAAAUCGAGAAAACAAAGUCGACUGUGGGGUGUAUGCAAUGCGGCAUAUGGAGACAUAUAAAGGCAACCCGAAUUGGGAUUGUGGAUUUACAAACUAUGAAGAUGAUAAAAACUAUAUUCGGCAGCUAAGGAUACAUUAUGCAACACAAAUCUUAUCAAGCGCUCAGAACGAGAAGCAUGAGUUGAGAUAUCUGGCACUGAAACAAGCAAAUCAAGUAGAAUAGACAUUACUUUUGAAACAAUGGUUUGAUAUUGGAUGUUGUUGUUCUUUAAAAACAAGCAUGAGUUGGUUGUGGUUUGGUUUAAAACAAUGGUUUGUUAUUGUUCUUUUGAAACAAUGGUUUGAUAGUGUUCCUUAGAAACAAUGGUUUGAUAGUAUCUGUGUUCUUUUAAUGUUGCUGAUUGUUCUUUUGAACUAGUAGUUUGUGAAUUGGUUUAGAAACAAUUGUUCUUUUGAA